AUGGGAUGUGGAGAAGCUGUAGAGGCUCUGGGUGAUGCUCGUUUUGGACAAGGAUCAGGACCAAUCUGGAUGAGUUAUGUGGACUGUAGUGGAUCAGAAUCAACACUGAAGGACUGUAGAUCAUUAGGAUGGGGUGUUCAUGGCUGUAGUCAUGGUGAAUAUGCUGGAGUCAAAUGCUCAGAUUACACUGAUCUCAGACUGGUCAAUGGUCCUGACAUCUGUUCUGGAAGAGUGGAGCUUCAGUUCCUCAGUAAAUGGGGCACAGACUGUGCAGGGAGGCUGGAGGUUUUUCACAGCGGCUCAUGGGGGACAGUGUGUGAUGACUCCUGGGAUAUUAAAGAUGCUCAUGUGGUGUGCAGACAGCUGCAGUGUGGAGUGGCCCUCAGUAACCAGCCGGUACCAGCCUGGUUUGGUCCAGGUUCUGGACACAUAUGGCUGGAUGAGGUGGAGUGUGAGGGGAAUGAGACGUCCCUGUGGAGCUGCUCUUCUCCAGGUUGGGGAAAACAUGACUGCAUACACAAGAAGGAUGUUGGAGUCAUUUGCUCAGAGUUUAAAGAGAUCAGGUUAACUGAGGGCUGUGAAGGGAAUGUAGAGGUUUUCUACAAUGGAUCCUGGGGUAAUGUGUGCUGGAACCAGAUGGACAGAGACACAGCGAGUCUGAUCUGUCAAGAGCUGAACUGUGGAAGAUCUGGCAGUGAACCCAGUUUUUCAGAGGGACUGAAGCCUCGUAACUGGCUUGAUAAUCUUAAAUGUCGACGACAUGACUCCACUUUAUGGCAGUGUCCUUCUUCACCCUGGGGAAAGAAUGACUGUGAUAAUGAUGAAGUGGCCAAAAUCACCUGCUCAAACAGUGUGAAUGUGAGGCUGGUGAAUGGUGACAGUCGCUGUGCUGGACGAGUGGAGGUUCUUCAUGAUGGUCAGUGGGGAACAGUGUGUCAUUAUUACUGGGAUCUGACUGAUGCUGCAGUGGUGUGUAGAGAGAUGAGCUGUGGAGAGGCUUUACAAGCACCAAGAUUUUCUUACUUUGGACCUGGAUCAGGAAAAAUCUGGAUGAAUGAAGUGCAGUGUAAAGGAUCAGAGUCUGCACUGAAGGACUGUGAAUCAAGUAGACGGGGCUGUAACGGACAUGAUUAUGAUGCUGGAGUCAGAUGUUCAGGUCACAAUGAUCUCAGACUGGUCAAUGGUCCUGACAUAUGUUCUGGUCGAGUUGAACGUCAGUUCCUCAAUGAAUGGGGCACAGUUCUGCUGGACUCCUGGAGUCUCUCUGAAUCCUCUGUGGUCUGCAGACAGCUGGGCUGUGGCUCUGUGCUGAACUUCUACAGCUCCUCUUCAUCCAGUCCUGAACACAGUCAUGAGUGUGUGACGGGCUUCCAGUGCUCUGGGAGUGAAGCUCAUCUGGGGAACUGCAGAUCUCCACGAACUCUCAACUGCCGCUCCACACAACAGCUGUCAAUCACCUGCAUCGGUCGGGGGUCCAUCAGGCUGGUGGGUUCUGGGGGAGACUGUGCAGGGAGGCUGGAGGUUUUUCACAGCGGCUCAUGGGGGACAGUGUGUGAUGACUCCUGGGAUAUUAAAGAUGCUCAUGUGGUGUGCAGACAGUUGCAGUGUGGAGUGGCCCUCAGUAACCAGCAGGUACCAGCCUGGUUUGGUCCUGGUUCUGGACACAUAUGGCUGGAUGAGGUGGAGUGUGAGGGGAAUGAGACGUCUCUGUGGAGCUGCUCUUCUCCAGGCUGGGGAAAACAUGACUGUCAACACAAUAAGUAUGUAGGAGUCGUGUGCUCAGAGUUCAAAGAGAUCAGGUUAACUGAGGGCUGUGAAGGGAAUCUGGAGGUUUUCUACAAUGGAUCCUGGGGUAAUGUGUGUUACAACCAGAUGGACAGAGACACAGCGAGUCUGAUCUGUCAAGAGCUGAACUGUGGAAAAUCUGGCAGUGAACCCAGUUAUUCAGAGGGACUGAAGCCUCGUAACUGGCUUGAUAAUCUUAAAUGUCGACGACAUGACUCCACUUUAUGGCAGUGUCCAUCUUCACCCUGGGGAAAGAAUGACUGUGAUAAUGAAGUGGCCAAAAUCACCUGCUCAGAGGAUCAGAUUAGUGAGUCACCUCAGAGUUUUCUGACAUGUUCUACCUCACCAUCUCCAUACAAGAGACAGUGUUCAAAUCAUGUUCCUCUCAGACUGAGUGGAGGGGACGGCCGGUGCUCUGGGAGGCUGGAGGUGUAUCAUAACGCUGUGUGGGGCUCAGUCUGUGAUGAUCAGUGGGACAUCAGCGAUGCUCAGGUGGUCUGCAGGCAGCUGGGUUGUGGAGCACCACUGAGUGCUGAUGGGAAUUCAACAUUUGGUGCUGGUAAAGGUGUUGUGUGGCUGAAUAGAGUCGAGUGCAGAGGGAAUGAGAUUCACCUGUGGGACUGUCCUCUCUCCCUGAUAAACAACACUGACUGCUCCCGCAAAGAGCACGCUGGACUCACUUGUGCAGGUCACAACAAACACUGA